CCACUUACUCGUCUCCUCCCAAAGCUCCCCUGUCUCCAAACCCUAUUGUUUCGAUCAUCAUGGGCUCGGACUCUGAUCUCCCGGUGAUGAAGGCUGGUGCGGAGAUUCUCAAGAAGUUCGGGGUUGAGUAUGAGGUUACCAUCGUGUCCGCGCAUCGAACCCCAGACAGGAUGACCACCUUCGCGAAAAGUGCAAGAGACCGGGGUUUGAGGGCUAUAAUUUCUGGUGCAGGUGGAGCUGCGCACCUCCCUGGGAUGGUCGCCGCCAUGACUACACUCCCUGUCAUUGGGGUUCCGGUGAAAGGAAGCACCCUGGACGGCGUAGAUAGUUUGCACAGUAUCGUUCAGAUGCCGAGGGGGGUCCCAGUAGCUACUGUAGCAAUCAACAAUUCAACAAAUGCUGCGCUUCUCGCAUUGCGGAUUGUAUCUACGGAGAACAGCGAGCUCGGGAGAGAGAUUAGAGAUAAGCUGGAUAAGUACGUCUCCGACAUGGAGAGCGAGGUUAUGGCAAAAGUUGAAAAACUGGAGAGCGGAGGUUGGGAGGCGUACGCGGUGAAGAAAUGACGUAGGCCUAGCAUAAAGCCAUAGACGGUAGCCUAAAAGUUAUGAUAUACCGUACCACGUA